GCGGCGGAGGGCGGGCAGGUGGCGCGGUACUCGUGCCCUUUAUCCUUGCGUGCGGCCGAUUGCUUCACCGCGCUCUCUAGCUAGGUCUGCGUCCACCCCGAGCCCGGGCGACAAGCGAGGAAGCUGAGGCCCGGGAGUGGGAGGCGUUGUCACCUGCGAGGCCAGGCCGGCCGCUUCGGGGAGACCUCGGGGACGGCCCUCUUGGGCCGGCCUGGGCCCUUGGGCUGCGGCGGCCAGGGCCCUGCUGUGUUCCCUGCACCCUCCGGCGCCGCCGCCGUGGACUCCCGGGGGAGGAGCUGUGCACGCGGGGGAGGAGCCGGGGCAGCCCCUGGGAGCGGGACCCGGCCCUGCGGGAUAAGAGGCAGGGCCCGGGAAGGCACUCCGACAGCCUGGCGGGCCCAGAGCUCGGGCGCAGCCUCAUGGAGGAGAAGCAGAUCCUGUGCGUGGGGCUAGUGGUGCUGGACGUCAUCAAUGUAGUGGACAAGUACCCGGAGGAGGACACGGACAGCAGGUGCUUGUCCCAGAGAUGGCAGCGUGGAGGCAACGCGUCCAACUCCUGCACUGUGCUGUCCCUGCUCGGAGCCCCCUGUGCCUUCAUGGGCUCGCUGGCUGCCGACCACGUUGCCGACUUUGUCCUGGAGGACCUGCGCCGCUAUUCUGUGGACCUACGCUACACAGUCUUUCAGACCCAGGGCUCUGUCCCCACCUCCACAGUCAUCGUCAGUGAGGCCACUGGGAGCCGCACCAUCCUCCACGCCUACAGGAACCUGCCAGAUGUGUCUGCUAAGGACUUUGAGAAGGUUGAUCUGACCCGGUUCAAGUGGAUCCACAUUGAGGGACGGAAUGCAUCGGAGCAGGUGAAAAUGCUGCAGCGGAUAGAACAGCACAACGCCAGGCAGCCUGCCGAGCAGAGGAUCCGGGUGUCCGUGGAGAUAGAGAAGCCCCGGGAGGAGCUGUUCCAGCUGUUUGGCUAUGGAGACGUGGUGUUUGUCAGCAAAGACGUGGCCAGGCACCUGGGCUUCGGCUCCGCGGAGGAAGCCCUCAGGGGCUUGUACUCGCGUGUGCGGAAAGGGGCCACGCUGGUCUGCGCCUGGGCCGAGCAGGGCGCCGACGCGCUGGGCCCGGACGGCCAGCUGCUGCACUCCGACGCCGUGUCGCCCCCACGAGUGGUGGAUACCCUAGGGGCAGGAGACACCUUCAAUGCCUCCGUCAUCUUCAGCCUGUCCCAGGGGAAGAGCAUGCUGGAGGCGCUGAGGUUUGGCUGCAAGGUGGCCGGCAAGAAGUGUGGCGUGCACGGCUUCGACGGCAUCGUGUGAGAGGCCCCCAGGCGCAGGCAUCGCCCGCGUGUCCAGCCUGGCUUCCCAGCUGCCCUGCUUCCUGCUGGCCGUGGGGAGGGGUCUGCGUGUGCCCUGUGUCGCCUCCCACCCUCUCCCUGCAGAGCCACAGAGCAAAUAAACCUCCUUCCCAGCCGGCA